AUUUAAAUUAAAAAAAAAAUAAUAAAAAUAAUAAGAAAAGAUAAUAUUUCGUUUAAAACAAUUAAAUUAGGAACAAAAAGGGAUAUCUACAAUCAAUAAUACGACAAUUGAUAAUAUUUGAACUAGUGAUGAUAUAACAUUCGGUAACAGUAAACUAUACUUUAAUGAAAUAUCGAAAAAAGACAUCCAAAUCACUUUAAUAUAAAUAAAACUAUAACCCCUCUAGCUUCACUAAUAACUACUCUUAUUUUAAUAUUUAUUUAUAUAUUUAACGAUGGCUAAUAAAUAUUCAAUGCCAAUUAUCAUUGCAUUCAUGCUAUUCAGUGUGCAUAAAAGUAUUAUAAAAUUUCAUGUUAGUGGCGAAAUCCAACCAGGACAUCACAUUCGACACUCGAAUCAUCAGUAUCAACAUCCCCUACAGCAUCAUCGUAGCCUAUCCCAACGUCAUCGUGGUACCCUUAAUCGUCAUGAUGAUUUGCAUAAUAAAUUAGGCUUGAAUAUCACUAAUGAUAGUAAACAAGAUCAUCCACCAAUUUUGGAACAAAUUGCAUCAGGAAAUUCACCAAAAGACGUUCAUAAUAAAACUAUAAAGAGUCCUAGUGCUCAUGUGGACCAUACAAGUAUAAAAUGUCCGAAAUGUAGUGGUAAUACCAAUGUGCGAGUCAGUGAGGACGAGCUAACUAAGCUUAGAAUUGAAUAUGUGAAAAAUCAGAUAUUGGAGAAGUUACGUUUGGAUGAACAACCGAAAAUUACAAAACGAGAUUUACCACGUCCAGUUUAUGAGGGUGCAACAAUUCGUGGUGAUGUUCAAUCACAAUCAAAGGAUUAUGAUGAUUACUAUGCAAGAACGAGCCAAAAGUUUAUAUUUCUAGAGCAAGAACGAACCGAAUGUGAUCGCGUUAGUCAUAGUCCUGCUAUUUGUUUUCAAUUUAAAAUCGAUAGUGAUUUCGAAGCUAGUGAUGUUAGUACUGCUGAACUUUGGAUUUAUAAAAAUUCAAACAAAAAUGAUUUAAAUUAUAAUCAAUCAUUUGUUGUAUCUGAAUUACAUUUGAGUGAUAAUAAUGAUACUUUACCGAAUGUUGAACCAAUUGCUAUUCAACCAAUUGGAACUGAAGCUGGUUGGAUUAAAAUCGAUAUCGCGUGGGCGACAAAGCAAUGGUUCAACAAUCGUUUUCCAUCACAUAUCAUUCAAAUUAGUUGUCCAUCAUGUAAAAUGAAUAUUAACGAAGGAAGUUUACUGUCAACUGCAAAUGAUUUUCGUCCAUUUAUUUUAAUUGAUGCGACAAAUCGUCGAAAACAUCAUCGUCAAAAACGUUAUGUGGACUGUUCGGAAGGUGUAACAGAAUGUUGUCGUGAAAAAUUAUUUAUAUCAUUUGCUGAAAUGGGUUGGGAUAAUUGGAUACUACAGCCAAGAGGCUAUGAUGCAUAUUUUUGCCGGGGUACAUGCUCAACAUUGGCAAGUGUUGCAUUAACCACUUCUUACUAUGGUUCUGUGCUAAAGAAACUAAUUUUUGCCCGCCAAGGUCGAGGGGAACGAACCCUUGAAUUAAUACCAUGCUGUUCAGCGAGAAAAUUCUCGUCGUUACAAUUAUUAUACUUGGAUAGUAAUAAGACAGCGAUCCUUAAAACUUUACCAAAUAUGGUUGUUGAAGUAUGUGGAUGUUCAUAGAAUCAAUGUGCGAUACCGAUGCCCUUAAAUUAAAUAAAAUUUGAUACCUAAAAAACAGCGAAAGUUUUUUGGGAGAAGGAAAUGAAACUAAGCAACAAAAUGAUGAGUUUUACAAAGGCCGGAAGAAAAGGGAGAUGAAAAUGGCAUAAUAAGUGAAAAUAUUUACAAUAUUUACUUAUGUUUGUAUACUUACUAUUGUUAAUUCUAAUUUAUUUUUUCAAUUCAGUAUUUUUGUCUUAUGUAUGAAGAAAUUUCGUAGUCACAUAUGCAAUUGCAUUUUUUCCAAGCAAUAUAAGCGGAAGAAAAAAAAACCAGAAUACAAAUAUCUUAAAGAAAAAC